AAUCAGGUGCUCCUGAGGGUAAAAUGAAUUUUAAAAUCAUUUUCUUUCUCGCGGCAAUCGUCGUCGUCAGUUACGCUGAGGUUAAAGAAGCCAGAGAAAGCAGAGACGUACAAACAGAGAAGCUAGAUUACAUCGCAAGUCCCGAUGCUGCACUUUAUAGAAAACUAUCCGGCUCUCCUAUGAGGAGGAAAAGGUACUGGUUUCCCUCCGUGUACGAUGAAGAAGAAGUCGCGAAGCCUUCGGAUACCGAUAAGAAGCUCGAGGCCAUCAUAAAAUCGCUAGAGGAACUCAUCAAGCAGUUGCAAGUGAAAAAUUCUGCUCCUCAAAAUGCUCAGCCUUACGUCUAUUACCCAGUUCCUACGCGUCCAGGAACCGGGCCUUCUUCAGGACCAACUGCUCAUUCUGCUCCAGUGACUCCUGCGCCUUCGAGGGCGUUCACCCCUCCCGAAGUCUCGUCAAUUCCCGAGUCUACGGUUCACACCAUCAAGGUGGAGGUCGUGCCGUGCGCGAAAUGUUCUCCUCAAGAGGAGCCGAGCAAGAAGAACCCGGAGGCAGAGUCAGAAAAGCGCGUGACACCCGCUAAACCGUCAAAGUCGGACAGAGACGCCGAAACGCCUGUAUUGAACGAAGAGAAACCGGCAAAUUCAAAGGAAGGUUCGAAAGAUGAUAAAGACACUCCAAAAGAGCCGCAGCCAAUGAAAUUACCCGAGUUUCCUGACGAGAAGGACUCGAAAGAUUCGGAUGUCACCGCUGAUACAAGCGUGUGAAUGCCCGGGGUCUAACUUCGGUCUAGUUUCACCUGAUUUACAAAAGAGCAAAGCAGAUCUAGGAAUUAGUAAAAUAAAAUUCUAUAAAUACAAUUGCUAGGCCAAACAUCCGAUUUUUUAUCUUUGCGACUAUAAUUGAUUUCGUUUCAACUCUUUAUUUUUCUUCGAAAUCGCGAAAUCUCGAUUUCCUGUUAUCGAGGAUUAAUUACCUGUGUAUUUAUUCAUAGAAAUUUCAUAUUCUUCUGUAAGAAACCUCAAUGCAAUAAUAUAUUAAUAUUUUAUAACCGGUUAGGUUUAUACAAUGAGGGAACUUGUGACAUUUGAUUUUGUGAUUUCAAACAACGACAGAUUUCAUAAGUUUAUAAAUUUAUACAAAGAAUGUUAGCAAAGCAUUUGCCCUUGUACUUUUCUGGUAUGUGAAAUAACUAAUUAUCUUAACGUUGAGGAGAGGAUAAACUAUUUACUGAGACCAUUUCUGACAAGAUGAUAUAAAGUUACACGCAUUAUAAGACUGAUUUAGUUUAGAACGUACAAUUAGACUAGAACAAAAUAUCAGAUUGGUUGUAUCCCUAUACUGUAUUGAUAAGGAUAAAAUAGUGAUGAAAAAAAUAUAUAAUUAUUAAUCUUCGGAAACGACUUGC